AUGGCAACGGAAGAUAGUCUAGAUCUCGGUGAAAUGUUCACAGAACCACCCAGACCACCCACACCAGAACCCACAAUCUCGACAUAUAAUCGCGAUCAAGAUAAGAUAUCACCCGACAGUAGUUGGGAUUCAAUCAAAAUCAGACUGGUUGGGUCGCACCCUUUGUGGGCGCAUCAUCUGUGGAACGCAGCUUUGGCUUUGGCUUCUCAUUUGGAUGAACAUCGCGAGCUAUAUUCCGGGAAAUGUGUGCUGGAGCUGGGAGCAGGUGGUGCCCUACCUAGUAUCGUUGCUGCGAAGAAUGGUGCUCGCAAAGUUGUGAUAACGGAUUAUCCCGACGCCUCCUUGGUGGACAACAUUUCAUAUAAUGUCGCGGAAAAUGUAGAAGCGGAGGAGCGCUCUCGCGUAGAGGUUCAAGGCUACAUAUGGGGACGAUCGGUCACACCAUUGUUGGACGUUCUUCCUUCCCCUGGAAAAUUCCAGCUUAUAAUACUAUCGGAUUUGAUCUUCAACCACUCUCAGCAUGAUGCAUUGCUCAAUACUUGUGAGCUUGUACUUGAACCUCUGACACCCAAUUCCCAUGAAGGAACAGAGCCCUGUGUUCUCGUAUUUUAUUCGCAUCACCGGCCUCACCUCGCUCAUCGAGACAUGGAAUUUUUCACCAAAGCGGAGGAACGAGGGUGGAUUUGUAAAGAGACCCCAAUGUUCCCUGAGGAUUCUGGAGAGGAAUCUGUCCGAUCGACUGUUCAUGGAUGGAAGCUGACCAAGCCUUUAUCGUCCUAA